UAUCCCCACCGAGUAGCUACCCUCGUACUACCUACCACCGUCAACUUUCCCCCCCUACAUCACCACCACACAACUGCAAAUAUGAAAGCCAUCAUUCUCGUCGGAGGGUUUGGAACCCGUCUACGACCUCUCGUACGCUCCCCUCAUCCAUGCUCAUUUCAAUCAUCAGAGCUUUCCCACCCCCGCAAUCAGCAAUCCGCGGUCUAUGCACUGCAUACCACAGCGCCUCUGCUCAAUCCUCGCUGACCCUACAAAAAGACCCUCACUCUCCCCAAGCCUCUCGUCGAGUUCGCCAACAAGCCCAUGAUCCAGCACCAGAUCGAGGCCCUCGCCUCGGCUGGUGUCACCGACAUUGUCCUCGCCGUCAACUACAGGCCUGAGAUCAUGGCCGAAGCCUUGAAGACCUACGAGCAACAAUACAACGUCAAGAUCGAGUUCUCCGUCGAGACCGAACCCCUGGGCACCGCCGGCCCCCUCAAGCUCGCCGAGAAGAUCCUCGGAAAGGACGACAGCCCCUUCUUCGUCCUCAACGCCGAUGUCACCUGCGAAUACCCAUUCAAGAAGCUCGCCGAGUUCCACAAGUCGCACGGUGAGGAGGGAACCAUCGUCGUCACAAAGGUCGAGGAGCCUUCCAAGUACGGUGUCGUUGUCCACAAGCCCAACCACGCCUCCAGGAUCGACCGCUUCGUUGAGAAGCCCGUCGAGUUCGUCGGCAACCGUAUCAACGCCGGUAUCUACAUCCUGAACCCCAGCGUCCUCGACCGCAUCGAGCUCCGCCCCACCUCCAUCGAGCAGGAGACUUUCCCCGCCCUCGUCAGGGAUGGUCAAUUGCACUCCUUCGACCUCGAGGGCUUCUGGAUGGACGUCGGUCAGCCCAAGGACUUCAUCUCCGGUACCUGUCUGUACCUCUCCUCGUUGACCCGCCAGGGCUCCAAGUUGCUCACCCCCGCCUCCGAACCCUACGUCCACCAGGGCAACGUUCUCAUCGACCCCUCCGCCAAGAUCGGAAAGGGCUGCCGCAUCGGCCCCAACGUCGUCGUUGGCCCCAACGUUGUCAUCGGCGACGGUGUCAGGCUGCAGCGAUGCGUCAUCCUCAAGAACAGCAAGGUCAAGGACCACGCUUGGGUCAAGUCUUCCAUUGUUGGCUGGAACAGCAGCAUAGGAAAGUGGGCUCGCCUCGAGAACAUCACCGUCUUGGGUGACGAUGUCUCCGUCGGUGACGAGGUCUACGUCAACGGUGGUUCCGUCCUCCCCCACAAGUCGAUCAAGCAGAAUGUCGACACUCCCUCCAUUAUCAUGUAAUCGUUCGAAUUCUCCCCUAGACCUUACGUUCAGACUCUCCGAACUGCAGAAGAGCCGGUUCAUUAGACAUUGUAAUCUUCUUGCUCUUUGUUCGUACGUUCUGCAUUGCGGUCUUGCAUCUCUACAACGCAUGAUGCGUUUGUGUGAAUUCUGGAGUUUAUCACGGAGUCUUCUUUACCUCUCAGCUCUGAUUAUUGGGUUCAUGAAAAUCUGUUGGGGAUUGUGGCGGCAAAGGCCCGUCUCUCGGUCAACGGAUGGGCUAUCGAGUGGGCGAGUAUGCUUCCACGAGUGGCCUUGUAGGCUGGUGUGUUUAUGGUUUACAUGUUUGCAAGCGUACCCCGAGGGGUCUAGCUCUCUGCUUUGGGUUUUCAGAUGGUUUUGGCUGGUCUUUUGGCUUUGCAUGGGGAAGACAAAAUCAUUCAUCGUAGAUAUACCACACAG